GUUCGGUACGACAGACGAUCCCCUACCCUACUUAGAGCAGGUUUCAGCACCUCACGAAGCGUGGGUCAGUAAUAUAAAUUCUGCCUUAAAACAGUCUUUACACAGAAAAAUUGAGUAUCGAAUUGCUUUGCAUUCUUUAUCCGGUUUUUAUCUUUGUUAAACAGAAUAUAAGUCAAAUUAGAAACUGUGAGGACAGGCUGGGGCUGAGUUUCAGGUUUACAAAGCAAAGAAUCACCUCUUAUGGAAAGGUUCAUAGCCGAUGAAUUAGCUGCUCGAAACGGGCAUUUCAAAUCAAGUUCUGUAUACAUUGUAGAACCUUUAUCUGUUGUUGAAUGGCUGGCUGUUGCUAAGAGGUUAUUUUUGUCAGUGAAGGAUGGACAAUGUAAAGAGGUGGUCGUUAAAAGGUAUAAAGAAUUCUUACAGCUGUACAACAAGCUUACUCAGAACUGUUUUAUUGCUUGUGUGACAAAUAUGAAUUAUCGUAAAGUUACUGCAGAAGAGGAAUCAUGUAUUGACAAGUGCAGCACAAAAUGGAUGAAUCUCAAUCAACGCCAGAUGGCAGUAUUCAUGGAGGUCGGGCCCCUGGCAGAUAAGAAGAUGGGUCAGUCUGUAGGCCAGGGGAUGUGACAUUUCAUUUAAGAUGGAACAAAUCUCAUUGUAAAUAAGAGUAAAGGUCAACCUGUGUAUUCCUCUGCCUGAUUUGCUAUCUUUUUGCUAAGAGUAUGUUGCACUGAAGCCAUGUUUUUUUAGAAACAAGCUUAGUGAACAAGAUUUCUGGAUUCUGGAAGCUUUGGUUGAAUUAUCAGUAUUAUUUUAUAUGAAAGCAUAAAAAAAGAAAGAAAUGCACAAAACAGGGUCAUACCAAGAAGAGACAUGGCUAGAGCUAAAAAUAACAUAUCUUUAAGAGUUAUUGUUUGAGAGAAAUGAAUGCAGUAAGUGAAGAAAAAGCUGGAAAGGCAAGACAAACAAAAACAAGAGUUAAAAUUUAAUUUUGGUAUAAAUUGAAUUUAACAAGAGUUUAGAAAUAAUGUUCCAUUCACCUCUUACCUGAGGCAAAGAGUGAAGAAACAGAAUCAGCUUCCAAUUCUUCAUUGUAAGUACAAACUUAAAACAAAAACCAGAAGAAAUGAGAAUAAAGUUCUCUUUUUUUUCA